AGGAGUUAAAGUUCCUCGUAAUUUUCGCUUGUUGGAAGAACUUGAAGAAGGACAAAAAGGAGCAGGCGAUGGUACGAUUAGCUGGGGCCUUGAAGAUGAUGAAGACAAGACACGAGAUGGACAGGCAUGAUUAUUGGGCCACCAAGACCACAUUAUGAGAACAGAAUAUAUAGCCUGAAAGUCGAAUGUGGACUUAAAUACCCAGAAACGCCUCCAUCAGUUAGAUUUGUAACAAAAAUUAAUAUGAAUGGGAUAAAUAAUUCCAGUGGAAUGGUCGAUGCACGGAGCAUACCAGUAUUAGCAAAAUGGCGAAAUUCAUGUAGCAUUAAAGUUGUACUUCAAGAGCUAAGACGUCUAAUGGUGUCCAAAGAGAGUAUGAAGCUUCGACAGCAACCAGAAGGAUAA